UUUCAGGUGGUGCUUGAAUAAAAAUGGAAGAGCAAGUGAAGGGAAGAAAGAUAGACAUCUUUAAGCCACGCUGGGACCAGAGCACAUAUGCUGGAAGAGCAAGGCAUUUUCUUACGGUUACGAAUCCAUUGAAUGUACUUUGCACAGAGAAGGAGCUUCAGAAGGCUCAUGACAUUGUCACUCAAUACAAGAAGGGUGAGACUCUUACGAAUGUGACUAUCGAUGAACUAUGGAGAGCAAAGCAUAUGUACGACUCUGCCUUCCAUCCCGAUACUGGAGAGAAAAUGGUUUUAGUGGGACGAAUGUCUGCACAAGUUCCAAUGAAUAUGCUCAUAACUGGUUGCAUGAUGACAUUCUAUAAGACAACAAAAAGUGUGGUUUUCUGGCAGUGGUUCAAUCAAUCCUUCAAUGCAGUGGUGAACUACACUAAUCGGAGUGGAGACUCUCCUAUCACCCCAACGCAGCUCGGGGCAUCUUACGUCUUGGCAACUGGUGGUGCUCUAGUAACUGCCUUAGGACUCAAUAAACUCGUCAAUUCAUUCCCUCCACUGGUGGGACGGAUGGUGCCAUUUGUAGCAGUUGCAGCAGCCAACUGUGUGAAUAUACCCAUGAUGCGACUUCAAGAACUACAGAAGGGAACCCCUGUUUUUGAUGUGAAUGGGAACAGAGUUGGGGAUUCCAAGACGGCAGCAAAGAAAGGCAUUGGGCUUGUGGUGAUCAGCAGGAUAGCCAUGGCAGCACCUGGAAUGCUUCUGAUUCCAGUGGUUAUGGACAAGCUGGAGAAGAGAGGUGUACUGCAGAGAAUGCCCUGGAUCAGUGCUCCACUUCAGAUUCUCCUUUGUGGAGUCUUCUUAACCUUUGCAACCCCUCUUUGUUGUGCUCUCUUCCCACAACAGUCUUCGCUCAAGGUUUCUCAUUUGGAGCCAGAACUUCAGAGAAUGCCCUGGAUCAGUGCUCCACUUCAGAUUCUCCUUUGUGGAGUCUUCUUAACCUUUGCAACCCCUCUUUGUUGUGCUCUCUUCCCACAACAGUCUUCGCUCAAGGUUUCUCAUUUGGAGCCAGAACUU